GCAACCAGAGACGGCAGUGCACGAGCCGGAAGCGGCGAGCGUUUGGCGCGGUUUGGAAGCUCAGUCGGUUUGGGAGAGCGGUGGUGACUUUCAAACGUUUGAAGUACCGGUCUCGAGCCUGCGGUCGCUGGCCAUUGAGCUCGCGCUAUGCAUCCCAAGCACUCGAAGAAAGUCGCCGUGUCUGACUCUGAAGAAAGCAGCUCUCCUACCAGACACAAAAAUGCAGAGUUUAUCUUAUUAUGUCAAAGCCUUAAGGUUGAAGAAAAUGUGAACGAGAGAGCUUGGAAGAUAUGGGAGUCGAUGCCAACACUUUUGGUUAAUGGUAUUGCAGUAGAAAAUAGGAAGUAUUGGGGGAUUUGCAUUUUUAUCGCAGCAGUAGAUUUGAAUGCUGUUUCCUUCACUCUGACGGAAUUGCAGAAAACCUUGGAUCUGAACGUAACAGAGUUUUUGCAGCUACUGAAAAAAAUGGACGUGAACUUGGACACUGUUAGCACUGAAGUAAAUUUAUUGGUGCUGAGACUGGUAAAGAAGCUCCAUGUCUUCACUGCUCUCUUUGAAAAAUUUAAGAGGAUAUGUGAAAAGAUAUUUGAAGAGACACCAUGUAACCAGGCACCAUCGGAUGCUAAUAAACCAGUGGUGAAAGUCUGUUGGAUCACAUUUCUUCUAGCAACAGGAAAGCUACUACAGAUGGAAGAUGACCUUGUGCUCUCUUUCCAAUUGUUGCUUUGUGUCCUGGAGUACUUUAUUAAGAUCUUGCCUGCUGAAUUGAUUAAGGAACCUUACAGAGCUGCUGCGAAUAGUAUAAUUUCCAGUGGUUUAUCAAGAGCUUCUAGACGGAGUCACAACAGAACAACACAAGCAAGCAAUUUAACUGAGGUGGACUCCAAAGUCUUGGAAAUUCUUUGUCAGGAAAAUGAAUGCAAUACAGAUGAAGUGAAAAACAUUUAUUUGAAAAGCUUUCUUCCUUUUCUGGACAAAAUUAAAAUAUCUUCCUGUACUGAAUUUCCUGAGCUUGAUACACUUUCAAGACAAUAUGAGGAGCUUUAUCAUCGCAACAAAGAUUUUGAUGGAAGACUAUUUCUUGAGUGUGACAAAACUCUGCAGAUGGACCCAGAAGACAGAUGCGAAGAAAGAACUCCAAAGAUGCCUCAAACUGAAGAUGGUCAUACAGUACAUCCUCCGCAGACUCCUGUUAGAGCUGCUAUGAACACCAUCCAGCAGUUACAGAUGAUUUUAAAUACAGCUGAUGACAAACCUUCAGAAUCUCUUAAAGCAUAUUUUAACAAUUGUACAAUAAACCCCACCACCAACAUUACUAAAAGAGUGGAGAAUUUGGGUCAAAAGUUUCAGGAGAAAUUUGCUCGGGCUGUGGGAGAAGGAUGGGCUGAGAUUGGAUCACAGAGAUAUAAUCUUGGUGUACGGUUGUACUAUAGAGUUAUGGAAUCCAUGUUGAAAUCGGAAGAAAAACGUCUUUCUGUCCAAAAUUUUAGCAAGUUGUUGAAUGAUGCUACUUUUCAUGGAUCCCUUCUAACCUGUGCCGUGGAAGUUGUUAUGACCACAUAUGGUAUGACCUGGAAUGUUUCAUUGAAGAGCAGCAUUCAAACAGAAACUGACCUUUCCUUUCCCUGGAUCCUUCGCGUAUUCAACAUAAAGGCUUAUGAGUUUUAUAAAGUUAUCGAGAGCUUCAUUAAAGCAGAACCAAAUCUAACCCGAGAGAUGAUCAAGCACGUGGAAAGAUGUGAACACAGGAUCAUGGAGUCUAUUGCUUGGCAGUCGGACUCACCUUUGUUUGACAUACUCAAGCAACAAAAAGAACGGGAUGAUCAGCCAGAUCAGCUUGAACCCACCAGUACCCUCAAACAACCACUCCAGCACAGCCACACUGCUGCAGAUCUUUAUCUUUCUCCUGUGCGAUCACCAUGGAAGAAAGGAUCUGGUACAGCAAACACAGUUCCCACACAACAAACAAAAACUGAGACAUCAUCAUCUUGGCAAUCCCAGUCCCAACUUCAACAGAAGUCUCAGAAAUCUACCUCACUCUCUCUCUUCUACAAGAAAGUGUAUCGUCUGGCAUAUCUUCGACUGAACAUGCUAUGCAAUCAUCUUCAUCUACCGUCUGAACAUCCUCAGCUGGAAGCUAUUAUAUGGACGUUGUUUCAGCACACAUUAGCAAAUGAACAUGAACUUAUGAAAGACAGACAUUUAGACCAGAUAAUGAUGUGUUCCAUGUAUGCCAUUUGCAAGGUGAAGAACAUAGACCUUAGAUUCAAGACUAUUGUUACUGCCUAUAAGGACUUGCCAAAUACAAAUCAAGAGACCUUCAAACAUGUACUGAUUAAAGAAGGGCAGUAUGAUUCCAUCAUAGGCUUCUACAACCUGGUAUUCAUACAGAGGCUAAAAACCAAUAUUUUACAGUAUGUUUCAACCCGUCCGCCAACACUCUCCCCAAUACCUCAUGUUCCUCGAAGUUCAUUUGGUUUUCCAACCUCUCCACUACGUGUACCUGGUGGGAACAACAUUUAUGUCUCUCCACUGAAGAGUUCGUAUAAAACUGACGGAUUGCUGUCCCCCACAAAAAUGACCCCAAGAACACGAAUCUUGGUGUCUAUUGGUGAACCAUUUGGGACACCAGAAAAAUUCCAGAAAAUCAACCAGCUGGUCAGUUCCAGCGAUCGACACUUGAAGCGGGCUGGAGACAUUGGAAGUGUGCCAAAGCCACUGAAAAGGCUUCGCUUUGAUAUGGAUGAACAGGAUGAGGCUGAUGGCAGCAAACACUUGUCUGGGGAAUCCAAACUACUACAGCAGAAGAUUGCUGAAAUGACAUCCACAAGAAAUAAGAUACAAGAACAGAAAAUGAAGGAUGGGAGCAGCGACACAAAGAGGGAUGAAAACUGAUAUUUCUUACUUCAUGUGAUUCAGGAUGAUGUUCACACUGCAUCCGCGGCAGCAGAAUCUUCAUCGUUUUUGGUCUUGACUGAUUUUUUUCACCCUCCCACUCUCUGAUUUUGUUUUAGCCAAGGGAGUAUUUCCUUUAAGAAACUCCAGUUAGAAAUGUUCUUAAGUUAUUUUAGAGAAUUGUUUCUCUUAACAUGAUGCCUUAAGGGUCAUAUUUCUUGUGUGUGUGUGUGUGUGAAGAGUAAUAAAAUGUAUAAGUAACAGAGCAGGACUGAUGAAAGAAACUACUAUUAUUUUACCACUGAGCAUUUCAAAAACUAACAUGGGAAUAAUCUGAAUUUUGCAGUAAUGAACAUGGGUAUUCAUCAUACCAGACAUAGAAAAUUAUUUAUCUGGCCCUCUUUAGCCUACAAAUGUACUGAAUCACCAGACCAAAUUACCUGUUUCUUUCUUUGCCAUGUUAAUGCAGUAUAUAUUAUCUUGCUACUUUCUUGCUGCCUUGCAAUAUUUCCCUGAACACAACAUUUCAACCAACAUCUGUCUUUGAUUUGCAUAUUAAGGCAGAAUGUAAUUCUGAUAUCUGCUUGAGGACUUGUUCAAAGCGUCAUGUCCCUGCCAUGAUUUAAUCCAUGGAUGAGUUUUGUAAUGCAUGGCUAGGUCUGACCUGUUUCAAAGUGAUCUUUACAUUUCCCAUGCGUAUUGUUAAUCAAGGCAACGUGUCUCAGUCAAUGAAAUGCAAUUCCAUCAACUUUCAUCAUGUUCUUUUUUUUAAAUAAAUUUAUUUGCACACUCCAUGGUUAAAUACAAACAACAUUUACUGUCUCAAUUGCCAUUUAGCUGUAAUAAAGUAGGGGGAGGGGGGGGGCUUUCAUUUGUUCAAAAUGGCCACUUUAUUUCCAGUAACCAUUUUACAUCUAGUCAGUUGCACACCUACCAUUUUUGUUUUGGGUCUGUACAAAGCAAUGAAAUAAAGGCGAUUAACUUUAUUCAUGAAUGAAGAAAAUGUGGCCUUAAAGAUGUAGCAUGUACACAGAAUGUGCACUGUUUCAAUUUUAUUGAUGUUUUUAUUUAUGCCUGAUUUUACUUUUUACAAACUAAAACAAGUUUGACUUUAAUUGAAUUACUUCAUCGUUGUUUGUAAAUAUACUUAUCAAAACUUGGUUCUCGUAUUGAGGCAAAUGCUUUAUGUUUGCAAUAUUAAUAAGAAAGAGCUUGGACAAAUGGUGCCAUCUCACAAUAUCAGUGCAUCGUGGAGUACUUUGCAGAUGCAGUACUUUAUAGUAGUAAUGCAGAAAAUGUGACCGCCAAUUUACAAACAGCAGGAUCCGAGAAACACCAGUGAAAUAAAUGACUAUAUCAUCAAUCAGCAGAUGAUGGAUAUCUGAAAGAAGACAGAAAAAGCUGAAAACACUCAGCAUGUCAUGUAGCAUCUAUGGAAGAAUAAACAGAGUUAACUGGGUUCUUUGCCUCAAGUAAACAGUACAUUGACUUCGAAAGCAUAGUGUAUAUACAUCACACAAAAAAUGUGAAGGGGUUCUUAAAUUUAGAUAAACAUAUUACUAAACAAUUAAGUUAUGGUAUCAGAAAAUGCAUGUACUUUUCUCCCAGGAGACAAUAUUUCUAGCAACUUAGAUUGCCUUGUGAUGGCAACAGCUGAGAACUGUUCUUGUUUGCAUCAAAUGAUGAAAAAUUGAGGAAAGAUCAUUGAACAGGUACCCAGUUCUGAAGAAGGAGCUUGCACCUAAAAAUUAACUCUUUCUUUCUCCUGUGGCUCGACAUAGACAAUCUUGUUGACCUUAUUCUUUACUUUCGUGUUUAUAUACUUGUAGAAUCUCUUUGGAUUCUCCUUUACCUUAUUUGUCAAAGCUAUGUCAUGUCCUCGUUUUACUCUCCUGAUUUCCCUCUUAAGUGUACUCCUGUUCUACACAUACUGACACCAGCUGCCUAUAACUGACAUUUGCCUCCUUUUUCUUGAACAGUUCCUCAUUAUCAUCCAGGGUUCCUAUUCCUGCCAGCCUUGCCUUUCACUUUAACAUGGUGCCCCUGAACUAUUCCUAUCUCAUGUUUUAAAACUUCCCACUUUCCAGAUGUCUCUUUGCCUGCACGCAGCCUUCUCCACUCGAUAUUUGAAAGUUCCUGCCUAAGAUGUUCAAAAUUGGCCCUGCCAAAAUUGAGGAUUUCAGUUUUUGGACCAAUCCUAUCCUUUCCCAUUACUAUUUUCCAUUACUAUACCAAAGUGCUCGCUCACUAACAUUUCAAGCACCUGCCCUGCCCUGCCCUGCCUUAUUUCCCAAGAGAAGGUUGCGUUUUGCCCCUUCUCUAGUAGGGCUAUCUACAUAUUGAUUGAUAACAUUUUCCUGAACACGCUAAGCAAAAUCCCUCCCCAUCCAAUCUCUUAGCACUACGAUAGUCCCAGUUGAUAUUUGGAAAGUUAAGAUCCCCCCAUGACAACAGUCCUAUUAUUCUUGCAACUGUCUGCAAGAUCUCCCUACAUAUUUCUCCCAUUCUACGAGAUUUUGGUAUUUUAUCCAUCCCCUUCCUACAAUCGCCACACCUUAAAAAGACCUUGAUUUUUUUUUUGUAGUUCUGACAAAGGGUAGUUGACGAAUUAUUGUUUCUCUUUCCACCAAUGACUUGCUGAGUGUUUCUUGCAUGUUCUUUCUUUCAAAUUAAAUAACCAGAUUGUUUAUUUGGAUGGAGGAUAAUUGCUGGCAAGGACUAAGGAAACUCCUUUAUCAUCUUUAAAUACUGCUACAAGAUAUUUUGCAUUCAUCAGUGAGGCUAACCCAUCAGUUGAAUAUUUCACCCAGACGACAAAUUAUCUGACAGAACCUCCUCCUCUGCACUUCAUAUUGUGUGUUCGUAUCUAUGGAGUUUGAACCUGUAGAAUGAAGAUUUCUGCAGUUUGAACCUUGAGAGACAAAGUGCUUGCACUGGGUUAAGGCUAAUAUCUAUAAAAGUAUGACAAAGUGCACUAUUGUUUUAUAUUUGUGCAUUUAAACAGUAUUGGAAUUUUGAACUAAUGCACUAUUUAACUUUGUAGUGAUUACCAAUAUAUGUAACUGCAUUAUGUACACUACGGCAUGAAUAUGAAGCCACACUAUUCCACACUGGCUUAUAUACCUCAAGUAUACGGAACAUAACCUUCAGAACUGGGAUGGCGACUACUACACCAAAAUGUUGUAGGUUUCUUGUUUUGAUGAAGAUAUUGCAAAGUAAUCUAUGCCAUGGUAAAAAUAGAUACUUGUACCUUUCUGGAAAUAGUUUUCCGUAGUGAUUCUGUUUGCGUUUUGAUGUAACAGCUAACUGAGAACUUAAUGUUCCUGUCUAUAAUGGCAUAACAAGUUCUAUACCAUGAGUAUGAGUAGUAAUCUUAAAUAAUUGUCAUCUUUUUCCAUCUCUGGGCAGAUGGCAUAGUUUGAAUAUCUAUGAUUAAUAGCACACAGAAGUCUGUACUCAUUUUUGUGCAGCAAGAUAUCUCUUUGUACUGCACAUUAUGGACGAAGGUACCGUUUUUAUAAAUAUAAUAAAAUGUCUGAGAUUUUUUAAAUAAAGAUAUGGCAGUA